AUGAAGCUGCUCUGGAGCAGAUGUUUGAUCGUCAUCGUCAUUUACUCGUCGCUGCUGCUGGCCGUUUCGUAUUUCCUGGACUGUCACAAUAAGCUCCCGGCUGCCGCAGAGCGGCUCUUUCCCAGGGAGUGCUCGGACACUUCGGCCCCGAUGCCUUGGGAGGAGGUGGGGGCGGGUUUCGGGGCAGGGGGCAAUUGGACAGCGGGGGGCCGGGGCAGGCAGCACGUCUACUUGCACGCCACCUGGAGAACCGGCUCCUCGUUCGCCGGCGAGCUCUUCAAUCAGCACCCGGCCGUCUUCUACCUGUACGAGCCCAUGUGGCUCAUGUGGCAGGCUCUCUACCCGGGGGACGCCGAGAGCCUGCAAGGGGCGGUGCGGGACAUGCUGCGCUCGCUCUUCCGCUGCGACUUCUCCGUCCUGCGGCUUUACUCGGCGGCCGCCCCGCUCACCACCCGCACCGUCUUCGGCUGGAGGAACAACAAGGUCAUCUGCUCGGCCCCCCUCUGCAGCGCCUACAGCAAGGAGCGGGUCGAGCUGGUGGAAGGGGGCGUCUGCGAGAAGCAGUGCGCGGCCAGGGACAUCCAGGAGCUGGAGCGGGAGUGCAGGAGGUACGACGUGAUGGUAAUUAAGGAUGUGCGGGUCUUGGACGCCGGGGUCCUGUUCCCUCUGAUGCAAGACCCCGCCCUCAACCUAAAGGUGGUUCAGCUGGUGAGGGACCCCAGGGCUGUGCACAACUCCCGGAUGAAAUCCAAGCAGUCCCUGGUCAAGGAGAGCAUCCAGGUGCUGAGGAGCAAGAGUAGAUCCGACAGGGACAAGGGGUUUUGGAUCUCCAACAGAGCCCAGCGCGCCGACACUUACGUGGCCAAAGCCCUGGAGGUGAUUUGCGAAGCCUGGACUAAAGACCAGGUGCUGGUCAGGAGGUCCCCGGCUUGGCUGAGGAGCAGGUACCUAACCAUUCGCUACGAGGACCUGGUGCUGGAGCCCCUGGGCGGCUUGAGGACGCUCUACGACUUCGCCAAUCUCACCGUCACGCCGGCCACCGAGAACUACGUGUUGAACAUGACCCGCGGCGCGGGCUACUCCUCGGACAAGCCCUUUCUGAUCUCCUCCAGGGAUGCGAAGGAAGCCGUCAGCGCUUGGAAGACAAGGCUGAGCCUGUGGCAGAUCCAGCAGGUGGAACAGAGCUGCCAAACGGCGAUGGAAAUGCUGGGCUACCGCCCAAACGGCGUGGACAACACGUAGAAAACCCCAUCUGCGAUGUAACAUUCAGAGACUGGA